AUGCCUCCAAAGAAGGCUCCAAAAGGAGGAAGCGGUAAAGAUGAGCCAAAGAAGGAAGCGAAAGGAGGAACUGCUGUGAAAGUUCGUCAUAUUCUUUGUGAGAAGCAAGGGAAAGCAUUAGAAGCAAUUGAAAAACUGAAAGCUGGAAUGAAGUUCAACGAAGUGGCUUCUCAAUACAGUGAAGACAAAGCGAGAAGCGGUGGAGAUCUUGGAUGGAUGACACGUGGUAGCAUGGUUGGGCCAUUCCAGGAUGCAGCGUUUGCUUUGUCCAAUAGCUCAUGUGAUAAACCAAUUUAUACGGACCCACCAGUAAAAACGAAGUUUGGUUAUCACGUAAUCAUGGUCGAGGGGAAGAAGUGA